AUUGGUCCCGGCACUUGGGAAGAAUCGUCCGCGAUCGUAAUAUAUGUCCUGUGCAAGUUCUUUCAUGGAAGGAUGUUGGAAAUGCAGAAAAGCAACACAUGUGGGAGGCCGUAAAGGAAUGCUUUCACAAUCCAAAUAUCGAUUUAUAUCGUGAAGAAACUCUAGAGAAUAUGUGUACAUUAUGGACAGCUUGGAGGUCUGUGCUGAAUGUGAAUUUUGUAAAACCUUGCAAUAGUUUGGGUGAAGCUAUCGAGAAUGUUCCAAAAGGGGUGGUUGCUGAGGAUUGGGAGUGGCUAGUUACUAAAAAAUUUAUGACUGCUGAGUUUCAGAAAAUCAGUGAGCAGAAUUCUAAAAACAGGUUAGCAUCGGAUAUGGAAAUGCCUCAUCGCACAGGAAGUAUGCCACACAGAGAAAUCAUAUAUGAAAAUGUAUGAAAACCUCUAACCGCACUUGUUUAUUUUUCAAUGCUAUUCUUUUUGACAUAAAUGUUCUUGAUGAUGUUUUUUUAUAUAUGACACGGAGGUAAAGAUGCAAAAGAUCCAGACUUGGGAGUGAUUUUUUUUUUUGACUCGGAGCAGAAAUGGAAAAUUACAUGGGACAAAAGAAAAGGAAAAAUAUGAUGAAAUUGUGAAGACAGUGAAGUCUAAUCCAUCACUUACAAGUCUCGAUGUUGCUGAAAAGCACUUUGGACCUCAACGACAUGGAACUGUUUAUUGUGCUGGAGGUGGAGUGAAGCGAAAACACUUUAGUGAUACCAAAGCGGCAUACAUCACAGAUCUAGAGGCAAAGUUGCGCAAAAAGGAUGAAGAAAACGCUGAGCUCAAGUUACGCGUGGAUAAAAUUGAAAGUAGGUUAAACCAAAUACAGAGGGUUGAAUCACCCUUAGAGGAACAACCUUCAACUCCAAAUAGUGACUCUCAUCAGUGGCUGCUUUUAAAACAUUAAAGAAUUCCUGAAAUGCAAGAAUACAAAGUUUGCAGCACGUAUGAAGUUCAUUCAAUGAUAUCAAGCUGCAUAUUUCAACAUUGGAGGUCAUAGCAAAAGCAAACUUCUUAGGCAGUUAGGCUUAUAGCUAGCAAUAUAUUUUGACUAUUGAUUUUGUAGUGUUGUUUCUCACUAAACUAAAUAUGUUGGUCUUCUCUUUUACAAUUACCAACCAAUUAUUUUGUACUUGUUAAUCAUUUUGAAU